AUUACGUUUGGCAAUCGGAGAGUAGCGUAGUACUAUUACUCCAUCCGUGCCGAUUAUUUCUGGCGAGACUUUUAAACCGACGACAGCGGUGAUUGGGCGGCGCAGUCACGGGGUCCGCAGUCUCUUCGCCCUGCCUAGAGUCAGUCAGUCAGUCGGGGGAAGGCGAGUCUGCCUGCGAGCGCUUCUCUCUCUGUGUGGAUCCACCAGACGCACACACGGACAUUCACACACAAUUAUUGUUAAUUACUGAACCCUUUUCGCUCUUCUGAGAGUCUGUUUUUCCACCAUGGGCGACAAAAAGAGCCCGACCAGGCCAAAAAGACAAGCCAAACCGACAGCGGACGACGGAUUUUGGGACUGUAGCGUGUGCACUUUCAGAAACAGUGCCGAAGCCUUCAAAUGCAGCAUCUGUGAUGUACGGAAGGGCACGUCUACCAGGAAACCCCGGAUAAACUCCCAGCUGGUGGCACAGCAGGUGGCCCAGCAGUACGCCAUUCCUCCUCCCCCAAAGAAAGAGAAGAAGGAAAAGCCUGAGAGGCCCGAGAAGGAUCGAGCCGAGGGGGAGCGUCCCGACAGAAAUCCAAAUGACACCGAACUCACAGACAAGGACAAGGACAAGAGCGAGGAGCAGCAGCCUGACAAGGAGAAGAAGGACAGAGAGAAGGAAAUCAUCCCAGCCAUCACCAAGAAACCCAACAGCAAAAAGAACAAGCCCAAGUCAGACAGCCAUCAAAGCCCACCCAGUGAACGAAACAGCAUUCAGUCUGGCAAAUCCACAACCAAGACCAAGAACUCCCACAUCUCCAGGCCCAAACUGAAGAACAUUGACAGGAGCACGGCCCAGCAGCUGGCCAUCACGGUGGGGAACGUCACGGUGAUCAUAACAGACUUUAAGGAGAAGACCCGCACCUCCUCCACCUCGUCCUCCACAGUGACCUCCAGCGCCGGCUCUGAACAGCAGCACCAGAGCUCCGGCUCCGAGAGCAUGGACAAGGGCUCGUCCCGUGCUUCGACACCAAAGGGAGAUCUCUCAGUCGGGCACGAUGAGUCAUUCUGAGCAGCACGGACGCUGUCGAGACAGCGGGGAUGUACUUUGCCUCCAUUUCCCCUCACCUUGCCCUUAGCCAACUCAAAUUCAUUUCUACCACUGAGAGAGGAACACACAGUCCUCUUGCCCACACACGCUCAACAUACCUACAUGUACAUUUGUGUGGAUGGUGCAACCAUGGUGGACCGUGGAUUUGGGCAAACUGUCUCUCUUUUCCCUUCCUGGAGACAUCCCACUAUUGUAUGUAUUGUUUUAUAUUUGUAUGUGGAUGUGCAGCUGAAUCAACCUUUUUGUUUGGUUUAAAAAAAGUGAUAUAUGUAAAUGUCCGCUGUGCACAGUAAUCCCUGACAUUUUAACUAUUCUGGACCAUUACUGCUCUUAUUUAUUAUGUUGCAUCUUUCUACUUUUAGAGAUUGCUUUUUUUUGUGGUUUUGUUUUUUCAGCUAAAGUAGCUAAAGCCGACGGCUCCCCUUUAGUGUUGAAACAAUUUUUCUGGAGAUUCCUGAGAAACUUCUCACAAUGGUGCUAGAUACACUGUGAAAAGGUUUCAGUCCUCGGACUGACGUUCACACCAUAGAAACAGAUCCCUCCUCUCCCGAAAACAAUGGAAAUAUUCGUGUCCUGGUGUCAGGCUGCAUUCUUCUGUUGCUUUGUUUUGGGAUUUUUAUAUAUUUUUUGUUUGUUUGUUUUCCAUUUUGCGAGACUGAUCUGAACAUUUGUGCACUGGGGGUCCUGAGAUCCGGUUUCAUCAACAUACUAAACGGAUGAUGUUUUACACCCGUUGCGUUAUGGAGAAGACAGCUGGGAUUCACAAACCGCAAGGAGACAUUGCACUCAUUCGGAGAUGAACUGAGCUUUCUUAACGCUCACUUGGCUUAACGUCUGGUUUUGCAGUUGAAUUCAGAACAUUUUGUUUGACAGCUUUUGUUGUCCUUCGUGGUCUACAUAUGAUGUAUUGUAAAAACACUAAAAGGGGGUUGACGUCUCAGAGGUCCGUAGGCCUUUAAAGUUGAAGAACUACUUUGGGGUUUUCUAGUUAUUUUUGAUCGAAAGAAAUGGAUUUUAUUCUUAGGGCUUUACUCGGCCUUGUUUUAAUCCGAAGACAGACUUGUGACAUUUUCCCAUUAUUUUCAGAAACCUAGAUGAUGGUGAGCAGUGCAGUAUUUACUAAAACAGCCUCGGCGCUAAAAAUAAGAGACAUUGUGCUGAACAUGAACUGUCGUAAGCAUUCAGCACUAACAUUUUUCAAUUUGUUUACUUCAGUGUCACGAAAAAUUGACGCGAGCAUGAUUUCACACAAUAUUCCCGCUCCAAGAUGUCUAGCUGGCAGUCCCGCAGAUCUCCAAGUCAGCACACCUUCCCUCUGAACUGUAUUAAACCUGUACAAAGUAUGUGUAUAUGAUAUGAGUUUUAUUUAUUGAAGGACCAAAGGAAUUUGAUAUUGAUGACAUGCUAGGCAAAUGAAUAAUUCAAAAUGUAAUUACCAUAUGUGUGAUAUAACAUUUUAAUAAAGUCUAAUAUAAUCCAUUUCAAAUGUGUAAUUCUUGUCCUCUUGAUAUAUGCAGAAUAUUUGUAUACUUGUAAAUUCAUAGACAUUCGAUCUGUAAAGGCAACACUGACUUUUGUCACUGUACUGCGUGAAUUGCAUAGAAUUAUUACAGCAAACUCUCAUCAAGCUGUUUUUUUUUUCCCUCCUUUGCAGAUACUUUGAAUGUUUUGAAAUGAAGAGAUAAAUGGACAUUUUGUUCCACUGGCAACUUUGAUGCUUUGAAUGGGUUUCUGCUUUUGUUAACCACCUUUGAAUUUCACUUCAUUAGCUGGAGUAGACCGAUUAAAGCGUCGUGUAUAAAUGAAGACUGGGUUGUUUUGCAAGGCUAACCGUGUGUCUUGUUUAUAUAUCUGUGUUGUUAACCAACCAAACCCAUAUCGAUUGUUGGAUACGAAGCGUUUAAGUUGUAUUGAUAUUGAUUUUGUUUUCUGACCCAGUGCAAUUCAAGAUAGACACUAUUCUUAAGAAUCUUCUUUUUCUCACGAGUAUGCAAAGUAAUAACCGGAAUAGGGGUUGUUCGACGAAUCACAAAUCAGUGGGGUGUUAAUUAUUCUGCAUUAUUCCGAUUUUUGAGAUUUUACUACGUUUUAACCCCCAAGAGUCAUCGAAUUUGCAAUGUAUAGCUUAAACACAUUUCGUAAACUGUAUGAAUAUAGCCAUUUUUUUCACUUGCCUUAUCCGCUGUCAGAAACGGUUACCUGAAUUUUGUAAAAUUGUAAAGAAAAAAAGAACAAACGAUGAAUUGUAUCUUUAAUUUAUUUAAAUUUGAGCAGAAAAACAAUUGCUGAAUUUAAACUGUGCUUAUGUAUAACUCAAAAAGGUGCAAAAGCCAAUGUAACAGGCUAUGAAUGGCAAUGGAGUCUUUCUUUUUUUUUUUUUUUUUUUUACGCGCAAGCAGUUCUGUUCUUGUGUACGACCAGUAACCUUAAUUUACUGUGUAAAGAUGGUUACAUUUUUUUGUUUUGUUUUGUUUUAUUUUUUUAGCUUUGUCAGAAACCCAAAUAUAGAAUGCUUGUUUACAUAUGCUAUAGCGUUAACCUUGUGAAAUUGCAGUGUACCUGUACAGUCCCGGCUCCUUUAAUUUUGUCAGUGUCUUGUAAAAAAAAAAAAAAAAAAAAAGAAAGCUUUUACGGUUUCCUUUUGCAUAAUACGUUUUAAUUUUGUUAGAAGGAAUCUUUUGUUUCCCUGUUUCGUUUUCUUGCUAAUUGCUGUUAUUGGUAAAUUUUGUGUGGAGCUCUUUCAUUUCACUUGUAAAUGUACAUUUUACUUGCCUUUCUUAAUUUUUUAAUCGAUCGCCGCUCCUUGUCUAUAGCUAAUACAAUGCUAACAUUCGACAGACUUCCCGGCAUGUGCACGACUUUGCUUUUAGACGCUGCUUCAUCAUUUCCCUUGCUUCCAGUAGAAAUGUCUAUUGAUGCAUUUUGCUUGUGUUUUUUUCCACAAAUAAAAUGUUCAAUUUAU